AUGUCUACACCAUUGCUUUUGAAUCAUUCGAGCUCAUCAAGUGUGAAAAAGUCACGAUUGAUUAUUCCAUUGGAAGAUAUUGAAAUAAUUAACAAGAUUGGAGAAGGAGGAAAUGGAACUAUUUGGCUUGGAAAGUGGAAAUCAAAAGAUGUCGCAUUGAAAUCUUUGAAAACAGAUGAUACCUUGCAAGAUGAAGAAUUUGAAAGAGAAGUUGCUGUACUGAACAUGUUAGAUCAUCCUUCCAUUGUUAAAUUAUAUGGUGUCUGUAUCUCUGACAAUAGAAAGUUUAUGAUUGUGGAAUAUUAUCCUAGAGGAAGUCUCGACAAGUUGAUUUAUAAUUGUAAAAUAGGAAAGGAAUCUUUGACUCUUGCUCAAAAACUGAGUAUUCUUGUUGAUGUUGCCACUGGAAUGUCAUAUUUACACUCUCAACAAAUAGUUCACAGAGAUUUAAAACCAGGAAAUAUACUUCUCUCAGAUGGAGGCAAUGCUAGGGUAUGUGAUUUUGGUCUCAGUAAGGUCUUGUCUACAAGUCUUGGAGCUACCAAACAAAUAGGCAGUACAUGUUACAUUGCAAUUGAGAUGAUUAAUGACUCUCCAAAAUAUACCACAAAAGUAGACGUUUAUUCAUUUGGAAUUAUCAUGUGGGAAUUAUUUUUUGAAGAAGCUCCAUAUUUGAAUUACAAUUCCAAAAAAGUUUACAAAUUCAUACCAAACAAUUCAAAAAUGAAUGAAUUCAACAUUCUCUUUCAUGUAUUGAAUGGAGAAAGACCAGUUAUUCCAUUCACCAAUAGAGAGGAGGAAAUAUUGUGGCUUGAGGAAUUUGUACUGCCAUUCAAUAAUUCCUUCUCUACCUCGUCUCUUGUUGCCAUUUCGGAUAAGUAUUUGGAUUUGAUGAAAUUGUGUUGGAGUGAGGAUCCAAAUAGUCGACCAUCCUUUGAGUCUAUCUCUCGACAAUUGCAAUAUUUACUUUAUGAAUCAAAAAAAACCUUUCCUCAAUACUAUCAACCCAUUAAUUAGUAGUAAUCAUGAUGAUGAUUAUUAAUUGGAGAAGAAAAUUCAAAAAUCAACAUUGAAGAGAUUUUGGAUUGUUGAAAUCUAACAAAUAGCACAUUUCUUCUUCUUCUUCGUUGACUUUGACUUUGGAUAAUUGGCAUCUCUAAACAUGGUAUAUGAUUUAGUAAUAAUCUCUGCAAAAUCUGAAAUAUUUCCCUCCUGUAGCUGAUGUUUCAAUAUAUGUUACUGCUCCAAUAUUCUCGGCCAUUUUAAUAGCAUCUUCAUGUUUAACUGGAGAAUCAAAAUAUCUAUAUCUCAUUCGUUUCAUUUCUUCAUCUCUUGACAAGUCAAUCUUGCAGGCCACCAAAACAAUUGGAGAAUUUGGCAAGUGAUGAUUAAUUUCUGGAAACCACCGAGAUGGAAUCUUAUUGAAAGACCUAGAUCGUAUUCUUGAAACAAAUACAAAACAAAUCUGUUUCUGGAUAUGUAAGAGGUCUCAAUCGAUCAUAAUCUCUAAUUUUCUCACACUGGUCAAUUGGAAAAUUUUCAACCAACUUACUCUUGACCUUCAGUAUCCACAACACCAAUGCCUUGACAUGUUUCCUUGUAUCCACAUCCAUAUAUUUAAUCAAGUUUUCAUUAUAAACUCCAUCAUUGUAAAAGACAGGAAUUUCUCCAUAAAAUAAUUUUGAAUUAAUGUUGUUUUUCCAACAGCUCCUUCUCCACAAAUGAUAAUGUUUAAACAUUCCUUUUCCC